UCUCCUCUCUGACGUCCCUCCACCGACGACGAAACCCAACCCGAAUUUUACCCGAGACUCCCGACUUUCCCCUCCUAUUCGGUGUUGCUCCUGCUGACGUAAACCCGUGUGUAUAGCACACGCUUUCCGAGCGCAUACCCUUUUCCUCACUAUACCAAAGUCUUAUUCCGUCACUCUCUUGCUCCAAAAAUAGCCCAACCCAGCUAAAAAUAACCCCAAAAUUACCGACCUUUUCCCAUUCGCGUAGUCUCCGCCGUCCUCGUCGCACCUCCCUCGCCGUCUCCUCCGUCUCUUCAUAAAUCACCAUAGCAACCAAUACUAUUUCCAUAUCAACAUUUCCAUGACAACUAACAAAUAAUUAAAUAAAAUCAUAGAAAAAAUGGGCCGCAAGAAGAUCCAAAUAUCGCGAAUCACGGACGAGCGGAAUCGCCAGGUGACGUUUAACAAGCGGAAAUUCGGGGUGAUGAAAAAAGCCUACGAAUUGUCCGUCCUUUGCGACUGCGAAAUCGCGCUGAUCAUCUUCUCGUCGAGUAAUAAGUUGUAUCAGUAUGCGUCGACGGACAUGGACAAGGUUUUGCUGAAAUACACGGAAUACAAUGAGCCCCAUGAGUCGCUCACGAAUAAGAAUAUCAUCGAGGCGUUGAGCAAAAAGGAGCACAAAAAUGGACUCAGCGACGGUGACGACUGCCCCACGUCCCCCCCCACACAAACCCAGGAGGACUUGUCCAGCCCCACCCACCACCCUUCAACCUCCUCCCUCCUCAUGCAGCAGAUCCACCAGAACAUGGACUACUCCCCCACGACGGGGGGUGGGGGCGGAGGGGGCGGGGGACAGAAAUUCCAAAAAGACGACGACUACGCCUCGCUGUUGCUACGACCACCACGAAGCGUGAUUCCAAAUGAAAGAGGGUAUAAUUUUGGAACCAAUGAAUUGUUACAAAUUGGCAGAGGGGGUCAAGGGGGGCAAGGUCAAGGUGGGGGUGGGGGGAGUGGGGGGAAUUCAAAUCAAUCGGAUGACAUCUGCCUGCAACAACAAGUUCCUGUAACCACGGCAACCUCCAACUCAACCCCCACGGGACCAAUAAUAAUCGACAUGACAACGACCAAUUCUUCCUCUCAACAGCAGGGUUGCUAUGGCAACGACUCGUCCCCAGCAACGUCCCCCACGUCGCCAUCCCCGCAACAAACGUUUUCCACAAAUAAACGUCUUUUGGAGCCAUAUUUCCAACAACAGGAUUUCCAAGCGGAUCUGUUGCUACAGCAACAACAACAACAGUCGCAUAGCAACCACAAUCAGGCCAUUGCCGCCGCGCAUCAUUGGGUCCUGGCGCAACAGGUGGCUCAACAACAGCAGUUGGCCGUGCAGUUGGGGAUGCAGCAACAGCAAGGUGGGGGUGGGGGUGGAGGGGGGCAGGGUGGGGGGCAGUUGCUACAGCAACAACAGCAGGGUCUCCUAACAACCCCUGGGACCCCCCCACGAGGACCCUCCCCCGGAUCAUCCCCUCAACAUUCCCCCCAUCACCACCCCACCCACCAACCACCCCCCACGACCCACCUCUACCUUCCGUCCAAAAAACCCCACCCCCAACACUCCCCCUCCCACCCUCCCCCCCACCCCCACUCGAUGACUCAUCCAAUAAAAUCCGAGAUUGAUUUAGACGUAGAUUCCCAAAAUUCCUCCGAGAACGAGUAUCUCCAUGACAACCAUCCCGCUCCUCCCUCGGCGACCAGCGCGUCCAGCGCCACCGCCGCCGCAGCCGCCAUUUUACAAAACUAUUCCGAUUUAAUCCGAAACCAACAACAAUCACCAAAUCGCGUCGUCAUAGAAACAGCCCCACCAAACAAAAGGAGUCGCGGAAAUGAGUGGAAUUAAUUUUCGUUGUUGCCAUAGUUUUUUUUUCGUUUUUUUAAUGAGGCCAGUUUUUUAUUAGUGUUUUUUUUAUUUGUUUUUUGGGUGGUUUUUUUAUUGUGUGUUUAGAGUUUUUUUAAGGAUGCAGGUUUUUAAUGGGGGGCGAGGGGGGAGGAGUGUAAAAAGUGUGCGUGCUAUACAAGAGUGUGCUUUUUUGUGAAUGGACAUAUUUUUAAGGGGUGCUAUGGAAAUAUUUUAAAAAUAUAUAAAUGUUAUAUAUAUAUUUGUGUAUAUUUAUCUGUGUGUUGAUGAGUGGAUAAAAUAAUAAAUUGUUGUUGGAAAA